CGUAGUCGAGUGAAGAUGGUCGUCGCCGUCGCGCUGUGAAGAAAAGUGCCGUGUGUGAGAAAAAAGUUGAAAUUGGAAAAACUGCUGUAGAAAAUCAAUGAAAAAUAGUGUUUCCGGCAAGAUAGUUACGAAAAUAAAGUGAUAAAGAACAGUGAGUGCAGUUUGCGAUCGUGGUGACGAUCAAAAAUACAGUUAAAUUGUGAAAAACGAUCAAUUGGAAAUUUCCCCAAAAUCCCGCUAGGAGCUCGCUCUCCCGGACAGUAAGCUUCUAGCCAUGACGACUGACAUCUCAGUAGUACGAUGGGACCCCAGCCAAGGUCCCGGGCAGGAGUACAUCGACGAAUACGAAUACGAUGGAGGAAACUCCAGUUCACGUCUUUUCGAACGGUCACGAAUUAAAGCUUUAGCAGAGGAACGUGAGAGUGUUCAGAAAAAGACAUUCACAAAAUGGGUCAAUUCGCAUCUGGUGCGGGUCAACAGUCGAAUAGGCGACCUGUACGUUGACAUGCGAGAUGGCAAAAAUCUAAUUAAACUGUUGGAAGUGCUAUCCGGCGAGCGCUUGCCGAGGCCGACGAAGGGUAAAAUGCGUAUCCACUGCCUAGAAAAUGUAGACAAAGCGUUGCAGUUCCUGCGCGAUCAGCGCGUCCAUUUGGAGAACAUUGGUUCGCACGAUAUUGUCGAUGGCAACGCCAGUCUAAAUCUAGGUCUGAUUUGGACCAUCAUUUUGCGAUUCCAGAUUCAAGACAUUACAAUCGAAGAAACUGACAACAAAGAAACGAAAUCCGCAAAAGACGCCCUGCUGCUCUGGUGUCAAAUGAAAACUGCCGGUUAUCACAACGUGAACGUGCGUAAUUUUACCACUUCCUGGCGGGAUGGUCUUGCAUUCAAUGCAAUCAUUCACAAACAUCGUCCGGACCUGAUUCAGUUUGAAAAGCUGACAAAGAACAAUCCUAUCCAAAACCUGAACAAUGCAUUCAACGUUGCGGAAGAGAAGCUUGGACUGACCAAGCUGCUCGAUGCGGAGGAUGUGUUUGUGGAGCACCCGGACGAGAAGUCCAUCAUCACCUAUGUCGUGACGUACUAUCACUAUUUCAGCAAGCUGAAACAGGAGACCGUACAGGGCAAACGUAUCGGCAAGGUGGUAGGUAUUGCUAUGGACAACGAUCGUAUGAUCAACGAGUAUGAAUCGCUUACCAGUGAGUUGCUGAAGUGGAUCGAGGUGACAAUCGUUCAGUUGGGUGAUCGACAAUUCGCAAAUUCGUUGGUUGGUGUACAACAGCAACUGGCACAGUUCUCCAAUUAUCGAACGGUUGAGAAGCCACCGAAAUUCGUAGAGAAAGGCAAUUUAGAAGUGUUGCUAUUCACUCUUCAAUCCAAAAUGAGAGCGAACAAUCAAAAACCGUACACUCCAAAGGAGGGUAAAAUGAUUUCUGAUAUCAACAAAGCUUGGGAGCGCUUGGAGAAGGCUGAACAUGAACGGGAAUUAGCACUCCGAGAAGAGCUUAUCCGACAGGAAAAGCUAGAACAAUUGGCUGCGCGUUUCAACAGAAAAGCAACCAUGAGAGAAACCUGGCUAUCGGAAAAUCAACGUUUGGUCAGCACGGACAAUUUCGGAUUCGAUCUGGCGGCCGUUGAAGCUGCUGCCAAGAAGCAUGAAGCAAUUGAGACCGAUAUUUUCGCCUACGAGGAACGAGUUCAAGCUGUUGUGGCAGUUUGUAAUGAGUUGGAGGCCGAAAAGUAUCAUGAUAUUGAACGUAUCGCUGCUCGUAAGGAAAAUGUCCUGCGCCUGUGGAAUUAUCUGCUUGAACUUCUGCGGGCCAGACGAAUGCGACUGGAGUUCUCCAUUCAAUUGCAGCAAAACUUCCAGGAAAUGAUUUAUAUUCUGGACUCGAUGGAGGAAAUCAAGCAGCGUCUGCUAACCGACGACUAUGGCAAGCACUUGAUGGGUGUCGAAGACUUGCUACAGAAGCAUUCUCUGGUCGAGGCUGAUAUAAACGUACUCGGUGAACGAGUUAAGCAGGUUGUCCAGAACUCGCAGAAGUUUUUGGGCGACGAAGAAGGCGGUUACAAACCUUGCGACCCAGCGAUCAUUGUCGAUCGUGUUCAGCGUUUGGAAGAUGCCUAUGCAGAGUUAUGCAAACUUGCUGUCGAACGUCGAUCUCGGCUGGAAGAGAGUCGCAAGCUGUGGCAGUUCUACUGGGAUAUGGCCGAUGAAGAGAACUGGAUCAAAGAAAAGGAGCAGAUUGUAUCCACUGACGAGAUUGGUCAUGAUUUAACAACGGUAAAUCUGUUGUUAUCUAAACACAAAGCCUUGGAGAAGGAAAUCAAUUCUCACGAACAACAGUUGAUGGCUGUUAGCACAGUCGGAGACGAACUGGUUCGCCAAGGGCACUUUGGAGCGGAUCGUAUCGAUGAACGUCUUAAAGAGAUUCUGGCUAUGUGGAACAAUCUGCUUGACCUGACGGUUUCGCGUCGCAAGCGGCUUGAAAAUGCCGUCGAUUACUUCCAGCUGUUCGCCGAUGCUGAUGAUGUGGACAACUGGAUGCUAGACGCCUUACGUCUUGUUUCUUCCGAAGAUGUUGGCCGAGAUGAAGCAAACGUACAAAGUUUGUUGAAGAAGCACAAAGACGUUGCAGAUGAGCUGAAGAAUUACGCCGAAACUAUCGAACAGUUGCAUACCCAGGCUAAGAAUUUGAUCCUCAACGAACCGGAACAACAGAAAGUCCAGGAACGCCUUGCCGCCAUCGACGCCCGUUACAGAGAACUUAUGGAACUGGCUAAACUUCGUAAGCAACGGCUGUUGGAUGCUCUUAGUCUGUAUAAACUCAUUUCGGAGAGCGACGGCGUAGAACAAUGGAUUGGCGAGAAAGAACGCAUGUUGCAGACUAUGAUUCCAGGAAAGGACAUCGAAGAUGUAGAAAUAAUGAAGCAUCGCUACGACGGUUUCGACAAGGAAAUGAAUGCAAACGCUUCUCGUGUAGCAGUUGUCAAUCAGCUCGCACGUCAGCUGUUGCAUGUUGAACAUCCAAACUCCGAGGAAAUCAUUGAGAAGCAGAAUCAUCUCAAUCAAAGCUGGUCUAAAUUGCGCGAUCAGGCCGAGAGUAAGCGCGACGAGUUGAAGUCGGCUCAUGGAGUACAGACGUUCUACAUUGAAUGCCGUGAAACCGUAUCCUGGAUUGAAGACAAGAAACGUAUUCUCACAGAAACAGACAGUCUGCAGAUGGAUUUGACCGGUGUAAUGACACUGCAGCGACGAUUGAGCGGCAUGGAACGUGAUCUGGCUGCAAUUCAAGCCAAGCUGACGGCUCUUGAAAGCGAAGCUGACGCAAUCGAAGGUGAACAUCCAGAGGAAGCUGCUUUGAUCCGCGAAAGAGUGGCCCAGAUUCAAGUCAUAUGGGAACAGUUGACACAGAUGUUGAAGGAACGUGACUCAAAAUUGGAAGAGGCAGGUGAUUUGCAUCGUUUCCUGCGUGAUUUGGAUCACUUCCAGACCUGGUUAACCAAGACACAGACAGAUGUAGCAUCAGAAGACACCCCAACUUCCUUACCAGAAGCUGAAAAACUACUGAAUCAGCACCAGAGUAUUCGUGAAGAGAUCGACAACUAUACUGAGGACUACACUAAGAUGAUGGAGUAUGGCGAAGGACUUACUUCCGAACCAACACAAACCGAAGAUCCACAGUACAUGUUCUUGCGAGAACGAUUGAAGGCUCUCAAGGAUGGCUGGGAAGAACUGCACCAGAUGUGGGAGAACCGUCAGGUUCUGCUUUCGCAGAGCUUGGAUCAGCAGUUAUUCAAUCGUGACGCCCGUCAAGCUGAAGUGCUGCUAAGCCAACAAGAGCAUGUCCUCAGCAAGGAUGAUACGCCAGUUAAUCUGGAACAGGCUGAAAACCAACUGAAGCGUCACGAGGCUUUCCUCACUACAAUGGAAGCCAAUGACGAAAAGAUCAACACUAUUAUGCAGGUUUCGGAGCAGUUGGCUGAGAAACACCACUUCGAUUCGGAAAAGAUUGGUAAGCGGGCAGAAAGCAUCGUUCACCGACGCGAUGACAAUCGCAAUCGUGCGAUUGAACUGCACGAAAAAUUGAAGAAUCAGGUCAAACUACAUGAAUUCUUGCAAGAUAUUGAAGAACUGACUGAAUGGGUGCAGGAGAAAUACAUCACUGCACAGGAUGACACUUACCGUAGCGCCAAGACCGUCCAUAGCAAAUGGACCCGCCACCAGGCAUUUGAGGCAGAAAUUGCUGCAAAUAAAGAACGCUUGCAUGAGGCACAGAAGGCGGCUCAGGAGUUGAUGGUGGAGAAACCAGAAUUUAAGGAAAUAAUCGAACCCAAGCUCCAAGAUUUGGCUAAGAACUUUGACGAACUCGAAACUAGCACCAAAGAAAAGGGUGCUCUUCUAUUUGACGCUAAGCGCGAAGUUAUCGUCCAACAGAGCGUAGAUGAUAUUGAUUCAUGGAUGGAUGAUCUCGAGAAACAAAUCAUCAAUACGGACACCGGCAGUGAUCUGACCUCAGUAAACAUUUUAAUGCAAAAGCAGCAGGUCAUUCAAACACAGAUGGCUGUAAAGGCUCGUCAGGUAGAAGAACUCGAGAAGCAAACGGAGGUUCUCACCAAGACCGUUCCUCAGGAUGUCGUAGAACCGAUCGUGGAAAAGAAACAGGCCGUCCACGACAGAUUUGAAAAGAUCAAAGCUCCAUUGCUCGAACGUCAACGCCAGCUUGAGAAAAAGAAGGAAGCCUUCCAAUUCCGUCGUGAUGUUGAGGAAGAAAAAUUGUGGAUUGACGAAAAGAUGCCAUUGGCAAAUUCCCAGGAGUACGGUAACUCAUUGUUCAAUGUGCAUGUGUUGAAGAAGAAGCACCAAUCGCUGAAUACCGAAAUCGAUAAUCAUGAACCGCGAAUAAUGACUAUCUGCAAUAACGGUCAAAAACUGAUCGAUGAAGGACAUGAGGAUGCCUCUCAGUUUGCUGAUCUAAUCAGUCAGCUAACACAAAAAUGGCAGGAGUUGAAGGAUGCGAUCGAUAAUCGACACAAACAGCUGGACCAGUCAGAAAAGGUACAACAAUACUUCUUUGAUGCCGCCGAAGCGGAAUCAUGGAUGAGCGAACAGGAACUUUAUAUGAUGGUAGAAGAUCGGGGUAAGGACGAAAUCUCCGCACAGAAUUUGAUGAAAAAACAUGAAACACUUGAGCAAUCGGUUGAAGACUACGCGGACACAAUCCGACAGUUGGGCGAGACCGCACGUCAGUUGACUACCGAGCAGCACGCAUACAGUGACCAGGUCUCAGUGAAACAAUCUCAGCUUGACAAACUUUAUGCAGGAUUGAAGGACUUGGCUGGUGAACGUCGUGCUCGUUUGGAUGAAGCUUUACAACUAUUCAUGCUGAACCGAGAAGUGGAUGAUCUUGAACAAUGGAUUGCCGAACGUGAGCUGGUUGCAGGAUCACAUGAACUUGGUCAAGAUUAUGAUCACAUCACAUUGCUAUGGGAACGAUUUAACGAAUUUGCCCAAGACACAGCGACUGUUGGAAGCGAACGUGUAGCCAAGGCAAACGGUAUUGCAGAUGAUCUAAUUCGUGCUGGACACUCGGAUAGUGCAACGAUAGCCGAAUGGAAGGAUGGUCUGAAUGAAUCCUGGCAAGAUCUGCUAGAGCUGAUUGAAACCAGAAAGGCCAUGCUUGCAGCAUCCCGUGAGUUACAUAAGUUCUUCCACGAUUGUAAGGAUGUUCUCGGUCGCAUCAUUGAAAAACAGCAUGGAGUUUCCGAUGAACUUGGUCGUGAUGCUGGUUCAGUAUCAGCGCUACAACGCAAGCACCAGAAUUUCAUCCAGGACCUUAUGACGCUUCACUCGCAAGUACAGCAAAUCCAGGAAGAAUCUGCAAAACUUCAGGCAGCUUAUGCAGGCGAGAAGGCACGAGAAAUCACCAACCGAGAGCAUGAGGUUCUCGCCGCUUGGGCCAAUUUACAAGGCAUGUGUGAUGCUCGCAAGAACAAACUGGCAGACACGGGAGAUUUGUUCAAGUUCUUCAAUAUGGUCCGUACAUUGAUGCUUUGGAUGGAAGAUGUGGUACGGCAAAUGAAUACAUCCGAAAAGCCACGUGAUGUUUCCGGCGUUGAACUGCUAAUGAACAACCACCAGAGUUUGAAGGCAGAGAUAGACACACGUGAGGAUAAUUUCACCGCAUGCCUGGCUCUCGGAAAGGAACUGUUAGCAAGAAACCACUACGCUUCUGCAGACAUUAAAGAACGCCUGCUUCAAUUGACCAAUAGUAGAAAUGCACUGCUGCACCGAUGGGAGGAACGCUGGGAGAAUCUUCAGCUGAUUCUUGAGGUAUAUCAGUUUGCCCGCGAUGCUGCUGUUGCCGAGGCUUGGCUUAUUGCACAAGAACCGUAUCUAAUGUCAACCGAGUUGGGACACACGAUUGACGAAGUCGAGAACUUGAUUAAGAAACACGAGGCAUUCGAAAAAUCUGCUGCAGCACAAGAAGAACGUUUCAGUGCUUUAGAGCGAUUGACAACGUUUGAGCUCAAAGAAAUGAAGCGUCGCCAGGAGGCAGCGGAAGAAGCAGAACGCCAACGUUUACUGGCCGAAGCUGAGGCUAAAGCUGCAGCAGAGGCAGAAGCCGAAGCGGCACGACAGGCUGAAGCGGCCGCACGAGAUACGGCCGAUGCACCAGGUUCGCCACAUUCCACGAAAGAGCAAGAAUCAGUGCAUGCAAAACCUAGACCUGGCAGUGUGAGCUUGCCUGCGCAAGUUCCAAGAACAACUAGUUCAAGAACGGGUACGGUGCCUAAAUAUGCCUCCACUGGCACUGAUACACCCAGCACCAGUACUCCGAGGAGGCACUCAGCGACACCUAAAGAGCGAUCUGCGAGUACUGCCAGCGCUUCUGCAUCGAAAAUCAGCCGAAGAUCUCGUUCUAAGAGUCCAUUCCGGAGUUUCCGCUGGAAACGCGGAAGCUCCAAAGCCGAAGUAUCCGACGACGAAGGAGAUCGCCCGAGUCCGGGAGGUACUGAUGAGGGUGUUCAGGAAGGUAUUCUAACCCGGAAACAUGAAUGGGAAUCGACUACUAAGAAGUCAACCAACAGGUCUUGGGACAAGGUCUACUCUGUCGCGCGUAAUGGUCGUUUGGCAUUUUUCAAGGAUCAGAAAUCAUCCAAAUCCGUACCGGAGCAGACGUUCCGUGGUGAACCGCCACUGGAGCUGAAGGGAGCUCAAAUCGAAAUCGCCACAGAUUACACCAAGAAGAAGCAUGUGUUCAGAAUAAAAUUGUCGAAUGGCGGAGAAUUCCUGCUGCAGUGUCAUGAUGAUGCCGAAAUGAAUCAAUGGGUAACUGCUUUGAAAACCCAGUGCGAGCUUGACGCUAGCGGUGAAGGCCGUUCGUUAACGCUACCCGCGUCAUCCCAAAAGGAUGAACAAAAGAGACGGUCAUUCUUUACACUGAAGAAAAAUUAAAAACUUUACAAAAACAUACAUGAUCCGAUAUUCGACACAUCCACGCAAAAAAGCUUGAGAAGUGAUCAACAAAAUCUGUACUAAACCCAAUUGGACGACCUUCUUCUGUUUUAAUUAGUUAAUAGUAACAAACGACGAGGUUAUGUACGUACUCUUCACCACAGCUACAAAAAACAGGCAACCUAAGCGCAACAUUUGGAGGCGUCAGCAAGCUGUGAACCAUGAUAGUAAUGACUAGUAUUUUGAUUUAACGUGAACGUUUCAAAUUACACCCGUCAGGAAUGACGCUACAAACGUCGAUGACUGACGUCGACACAGUCCAGUGAAUAACUGCAACUGCAUAUAGCGAAAACAUUUCAUUGCAAUCAAUUUUAUCAAUGUUAAGUGAUUUUGGGAUCUUCUCACUUUCACGGAAAUUCAUCCAUCAUUGUCACAUCGUAACGCGCGAGUAAUAAUAAUAGGCUAUCUUUCGAGUACCUAUCGAUUAUAAGAACUUUGCAAAAUGAACAGCGUCUUCGCAAUACAAGUUAGAACUUUAAAAAAUACAAAAAAAAACAAUGUUAAGAUAAGUGUAACUAAAGUCGUUGUCGAAUUAAGAACACUUUAAACAAAGUAACGCUCUGCUAAAGCUGAUUUGGAACCAAAAUGAAAAUUCCUACAUGUGUAAGAACGUGACGAAAAGAUUAAUUUUAACUACAAAAUUUGUAUAGCAAAUAGUCUCUAUAAAAUAAAACUUUUAUUUAUUUUAUAUUAUUGAACGUUGAGCAAACCUUUUAUUGAAUAUUGAACCCACUUCUUCGGUUUCGUUUCGCGAGAAAAGAAAUUUGAAGAACCAUUGGUACAAUCAAGCGGAUACGAACACACGAACGAGCUGCUAUAUUUUGCCGUCAUGACAAGGGAACAAAGUUUGGAAUUAUUAAGUUCAUUUUUUUCCCUGUAAAGCUACACGAACUUGUGCACUUAGAUUGAAAUUUCGCUGAUAAAAUACUAAAACGUUUAUUUAGGGCAUAAAUGUGUUCAACCGCUUAGUAUGUCAUCAAGCUUGCCGAUAGAAAAUAGCAUGCGUUUAAAGUUGCUUUAUCCAAUGAAUAAGUUUUAUGCCUAUGACACACUUUUCAAAGUACUACUACGCAAUUCGUAUGCACAAUAGAAUAAUUAGAACAGAAUGCAUCACUGUGAGGGAGUUUGAUUGGGUUUUCUAAGUGAAGAAGAAAACACCUUUCGGUUUUCUUUUACACAGAGAAGGAAAAGAAACAGUUAACGUUGCAUAAUGGUUACUGUCACUUUUAAAUUCAUUUCAUUUAGGGCUUAAGUUGACAUCAGUAAAUGAAAAAAAUAGUCUAUAGCUACUUGUCUUCUAGAGAUACAAACAAAAAUAAUUCGGCCGAUGCAAUUUAAGAUUUUGGAAAAGCUGUGAAUGAAAGUGGUGAAAUAAAAAGUAAAAAAAGUAUGUUAAAGUUUCAACAUCGGCCCUUUAUUUGUUAAUAGACUAAGAACAACGCUGAAUAAAAAUUGUAAUUGCAAUAUUAUAGGAACUGAAAUCCAUUUCAGUCUUUCGUCAAAUAAAAUAUAAUUGUUUUGCGGGAAUAAACAAAAUCUGUAAGAAUUAUUUUGUUUAUUUAUAGCUUGUACUGCACAUUAUUUAUUUCAAAACUAUCUAAUUAAGUAAGUGCGACCCACAAACGGAGCAGCGUUGAUGCAACAAAGCAUACAAAAUUUACUAUAUUAUAUUACAAUGCUAUGUAAGGAACAAUUUGUUUUAUACAGCAAAAUUAUAUAAUCAAUCAAGUAUAUUUUUAAACUGCCAGCUUAUGAGUAAACACAAAAGAAUAAAAGUAUAUUACCUUAAAUUACUAGGUUGUUUUACUUCCGCGCAAAAGAAAACGGAAAAAAGAAUGCAUACCGCUAACAUUAGAAUAAUAAAGUUUGUGAGAACAUUUGUAGCUUUUAGUAAUAAUACGAAACGAAUACAAACGUGAAAUAUCGUCACAAGUUUGAAAGUGCACUUGGCCUUGAAAAUGGGAUGAUCUAACUUGUGCAUCAAUCAGAUAAAAUUGAUCAAUCGCAUCUUACAUCGGGCAGCGUUCCGGAAGCAGCUCUCAUGAAAUCAUCAUCUAACUUAGCAUCAUUACUUCGCUACACACGAUCAUUCUGAAAAGCUUCAAGUGCGUCCAAUUUUCGCUAGCUGCAGUUUCCUUGGAAAACAAAUUAAAUAUUCUAAGAUUAAAGAUAUAUUUACAUCCACAAUUUACCUUUAUUUUGUAGUCGUACAGUAAGAUACAAGUAAAACAUGUAAAAAAGCUAUAUAUCUGAAUAUCAAGCUACUUUACUUGAUAUUAAAAGGCAAAAAUCAAUAUUUAAUUGUUAUCAAAAAAUAAUAAAUCAAGGAACGCUACUUUGAAAUUUCAAA